GUUAGAACUAAGCCAGAGGCUGCCCUGUCAUUAUGGCCCUCUGAGCUCCCUGCUAUGCAAGGCUAGAAAAGACAGAGGACCACAGAUAUGCAUAUAAGACCAAGGUGAACAUGAUGACCCUGAGCUUAUUUUGGUAGCAAAGAGCAUGGAUUCCCAGAGGGACAGCGAUGAAGAAGACGGCGCUGAAAAAUCACUUCAGUCUCAUGAAACCUAUUUAUGUCAGGGCUUGAAACAGCUCUACCAGGCUCAGCAGCUCUGCGAUGUCACCUUGGAGGCGGAAGGAAAGAGCUUUCCUUGUCACCAGAUGCUGUUAGCUUCGGUCAGCCCUUACUUCAGAGAUAUCUUCAUACAUUCCAAUGGGCUCCAAAUCAAGGAGUUCCAGCUCAAAGACAUGGCCUCCUCCACUCUCCACACUCUUCUGAAUUACCUCUACACAGAAGAGCUCUCCCUCACGCUAGAAACAGCCCAGGACCUCUUCACUGCAGCUGGAAAGCUCCAGAUCCUCCCGCUGAAAGAAAUAACUGGAAGGUUUCUGGAGAAAAAUGUCACCAUGAAAAACUCCCUCAAUCUUUAUCGGCUGGCUCACGAACAUGGUCACCAUGCUCUGCUGCAAGCAGCCUUGGCCUACAUCAGCCAACACUUUGGGGCCCUUGGCAAGAAAGACGACUUUCUGAGCUUAGAGUACCACUCACUGGUUGGCCUUAUCUCCUCGGACAGGCUGGAAGUGGCCUCCGAGUUGACCGUCUACCAAGCCAUCCGCAGCUGGGCAGAGUACAUGCCAUCUGUUCGCCUCCCUGUGUUUAAGGAGCUACUGGGGCAUGUCCGUUUCCCCCUGCUGAUUCCUGAGGAGAUCAUGGAAGUCCAAGCAGAUGUCUCCGAGUAUUACAGGCACAUGCGUCUGAGGUGGAAGGAGUUGAAUGGGACAGGAAGACUGUUAGAGAGCGGGGGGCUCAGGAAGGGCAUGUACGACGACUGUUUUGUCUGCGUGGAAGUCCAUGAAAACUGGACCGAGAACGGGGAUAGCCUGCACUCUUACCUUCACUGUUUCGACCCUCACGCAGAGAAGUGGGAGAAGUUGCCGCCACUGAGAUAUCUAAGUUAUUCUGGAUGUGCGUCCUUGGAUUUCAAACUUUACCUGUCCGGAGGCCAGACAGGGGAAUGCACCUUUGUGGACAGCCUGUAUGAGUAUAAUUCUUUGACUGGACAGUGGACUCAGCUUUCAUCUAUGUCCACAGCCCGGGCAGUGCAUCCCUUUCUGGCUUGUGACAAGAAUCUCUACGCUCUGGGAGGUUGCAGUGAUACAGGUCCUCUGACUUCCGCCGAGACCUACAGUGUGAACCAGAGCACUUGGGCUCCUAUCUCUAACCUGCCCCUCGCUUUGAUGUACCCGGCUUCUGCCGUUCUCAAUAAUAAACUUUACCUCAUAGGAGGGAAAGCCAACAGGAACUACAGGGGCCUUCUUAUCUAUGACACAAGGACCGACUGGUGGAAUGAAGUGCUCAUGGAGUUUGCCUGCUACGGAGCAGCCGCCGUCUCUGUCGGUUCCGGGAUGUACGUAAUCGGUGGAUACACAGAGGAAAGGGGCAGUUUUCUGGCCCACAGUGCCGUGGCCUCAGAGGAGAUCCCUUCCAGCACCAAAGGGAGCUUUUACCUCCACGAAGAUGGCAGAGUUGACUGGGAAGUCACCAUCCCAGAGCUGCCGGUGGCCUUGACUUUUGCUUGUGCAGUGGAGCAGGGGCGGAAGAUUUACCUGUUGGCCGGCAAAGAUGAUAACCGUUUGUACAACACCUGUUACAGCUGGGUUCCACAGGACACAAGCUGGAUUCAGUGCCCAGAGGAAAUCCCCACGACCGAUGAAGGGAGAAUAUUCAGCUGCGCCAUCUUGAAGAUGCCCAAAAAGCCAAUCCAGUUUCUUCUGCUGGAGAUGUCAACAGCCUUGGCGAUCGUUGGGGUGGAGGAGACCAAGAAAGGACAAUCGAGUUUUUCUGCCAGAGAGGGCUGCAGCCUUAACUGCUGCUGGGGUGGACGAUAGCAACCAAUGCAAUGAAACCUCAUAACAAAGAUCCUAAAAUGGGACUGCCCUUCACCUGCAGAUAUCUUUUUUUUUAUUUCCUGGCCACUGUACAUGAAAUAACGAGCUGCUCAGGAUGGACGUGAUCACUAAGCAUCACCCCCAUGCUGUUGGACUCACCACUAGCUACAAAGUGAUUAUGUCUGUCCCAGACUCUUAUUAAAAGCCUCAGGAUAUACUCUUAA